AUGGAACGCCGGCUACCAGAAUUCACGUUUGAGCCUUUUCAGUACGAAGCUCUACCCAACAAAACUUCAAUCCGGCUAUUGUCACUGGGGAAACGCCGCAAGAUAGGGCCGACAGCAUCUGGAAAACCACUCAUUGAAUGCGUUUUGCACACGGUGGACCUGAGGGACUCUCCCACCUUCCAAGCUUUAUCUUACUGCUGGGGCAACCCCCUCGGGCAACCUCAGGUCCAAGCCCUAGAUGACUAUGCUCCUCGUCACCAGUGGCCGCUGGCCGUGAAUGGCAAAAUAUUCUGGGUGCGGAGAAACCUCUAUGAAGCGCUGUACGAGUUCUCCACGCCAGAAAAGCACCCUGGCACUGGCACUGAUGUUCAUGAGAGGCUGAAGCCCUACAACAAAACCCGGCUAAUCGCAGCGGCCGAGAAGGGCUAUGUGGGAAAUGUAAUCAGUGAACUCAAGCGAGGUGCAGAUGUUCAUGCGCAUGACUGCUGGGGUGAAACAGCGCUACAUUACGCUGCGGAGAAUGGACACCUGGACAUCGUCAAGAUGCUACUAGCCCACGGGGCCAGGCUUGAUCUUCGAGAUGAUACGCGCCGCACUCCUCUUGAUUGUUGCCUAAUGUGGAGGCGAGGGCAGCAUGAGGAAGUUGCUCAGCUGCUUCAAGAUCCACCCUCGAUUUGGAGUUCUACGAAAGAGCCAGACUUUUGUGAGCUUGAACUUUGGGUUGAUGCUGUAUGCAUCAACCAGGCUGAUGCUCAAGAGCGAAAUGCACAGGUAGCCCUGAUGUCUGAGAUCUAUAAAUCAGCCCUAUCUGUGAAAAUUUGGCUAGGCGUGUCCUCAAAGGAGACCGCCAUCAUCUCGUCCCUGUUACAAGCACCAGCAAAAAGGCUCGUCCAUGGCCCCAUAUCCGCUCAGGAGGCGGAUGCACUGGUUGCUUUGUCGAACCGGGCAUGGUUCCGUCGAAAAUGGGUCAUCCAAGAAGUUGCUAUGGCUAAGAAACUUGAAAUGGUAUGGGGAAGCUACAAUUUGAAUUCAACUGCGGAGAAUUUCUCGUAUUUGCAACAGAAUGAAAGCCUUCAGCAGAUGCUUUCCCUCCGAGCUCAACAGGGUCGGCCCAUCAAGGCGAUAAGAUUCACAUUUCUCAUGGAGUUGGGGCAGUGGCUCGCCUCCGCAAAGUCGUACCCAGACAAUGAUGACCAAGAACCACCACCAAGCUUACUUUGGCUGGUUGCCAACACCUGGCAAUUCGAAUGCUCAGACCCUAGAGACAAGAUAUUCGCGCUUGUGGGAAUGGCGCCAAAAGCAAAGAAUUCCAAGGAAGAUGGCGGCCACGAAACCAUGGUUGCAGAUUAUUCAACAACUACCGCGGAUGUUUUUAUUGAAGCAGGCAGGAUAUUAGUCGAAGCGAGAGGCGAUAAUGAAGCGAGUUUCAAUGGUCUGGAGCCAUUGCAAGGGCUGAGUUGGGUUCAGUAUCCUCGAAGAGAACUACAUCAAAAACUAGGUGAAGCAUGCGGCUACAAUUUCGAUCGUGUGCAAGGGUUACCUUCCUGGGUGCCCCAGUUCCAUCUCCCUUUAGCUACACCACCAUUAUGGGACCAGCGGUUCAAUGCAUGUGGGAGCCAUUCCCCUUGCAAGAUUUGGGAUUCUGAUCGCUCUGUUCUGAAAAUAGACGCUUUUCGAUUUGACCGCAUAGUAAGGUUAGCAAAGAACAGUAUGGGAGGGAUAGAUGAUACCUUUUGCCCCAAUAUCGCAGGCUGGUUGCAGCUAACAUCGUGGCUUGAUGUCCUAUACCACAACAAAUGUAGCCGGGUGGAGGCAUUGUGGAUGACCUUAUCGAUGGAUAUUUUCCAAGGCGAAGAUCAAGUGAAGCUGGGCCAAGAGACAUUCAACCAAACUAUUUGCGAAUGUUGGUCGAUGGUAGAAGAUCGUCAGGAUGCCAUGGAGCUGCUAGAGGUUCUCCGAAGCUUCGAAGACUCUUGCAUCCUCCCGAGUCGGAAAGCCAUCGAAGCCUCUAGCGGGAGGAUGUUUCGGGGCUGGGAUAAUAGUCCACCUGGGUUUCAACAGCAGUAUAGCUCUUAUUGCCAUACACGAGAUCUCAUGCAAAGCGAGCGUGGUUACCUUGGACUAGUAAGUUACUUGGCUCGGGAGGGCGACGAAGUUUGGAUCCUAAAAGGCGGACGUGUUCCUGUUGUCUUACGGCCAGUCGAGACCAAGACAGGGGAAACGCACUAUAAAUUCGUUUGUGACAGCUUUAUUUACGGGAUAAUGUCCGGGGAGGCUGUGCAGUCAGGAGAAACUGCCUUUACUCCGGUUGAGAUUGUAUAA